AUGAAUGAUCUGGUGUGCAAGUUCUGUGGAGCUUAUGCAGCAGCAACAAGGCAGAAAAGCAGUGGCCAGAACGAGGCAGAUACUGUUAAACUGGCACACCAAAUCUUCUACAAUGACCAUAAGAUUAAGUUUAAUCUUCACUAUGUUUGGGAGGAGCUGAGGAAUGACCAGAAAUGGUGUGAAGUUAGUAACUCGAAGGUUGAUGGAAAAGGUAGGAAGAGAAAGUAUAAUGAUGGAUCACAAUCUGAAAGCUCUCAAGCACCUUCAAAUCUCGGAGAUGAUCCAACUAAACGUCCUCCUGGUGUUAAGGCUGCGAAAGGAGUAUGUAGUAAGAAAAGUAUAGCAGAAGACCAGGCUCUUGCUCAGUUUGAGACCAUGUGUUCUAUUAAGGAGAAAGAUUUGGCUGUUAAGGAGAAAGAUUUGGCUAUUAGGGAGAAAGAUUUGGCAGUUAAGGAGAGAGUUUCGAAGAUGUCUUUGCUUGACAGUCUCAUUUCCAAAAAAGAGACACUUUCUCAAGCUGAAGAAGCUCUCAAGCAGAAGUUACUAACAGAGAUGCUCAAUAAUUAG